AUGGAGAAAUCCUCAGAAACACAAUUUGUUUGUAUAAAUUGUCUUAAUCCAUCGUCGUCACUUUAUACAGAAUAUAGUCGAGAUGUUAUUCGAAUGACUGAAUGUAAAAAUUGUGGAUUAAUUGUUGAUAAAUACAUAGAAUAUGACAUUACCUUAAUUAUAAUUGAUUUGUCAUUUUUUCGAAUUAUCUUCAUUUUUCUCCUUUGUGACGCCUAUGAAGAUUGGAUAGAAAGGAAAUCAUUAGCGGAUCCUGUAAGGAUUAUUUAUGAUUUGGAAUGGACUUUUUAUGAAUGUCUUUUAAAAAGUUUAAUGGAAUUUUUGGUUUAUUCAAUUUCUAUUUAUUUAUUAAUUAAUUUAUUAAUUCAAAUAAAACAAAUAAAGGUAAAUUAA